CAAGAAAAAGCGUAGCUUCGAUGGAUGCCGGAAAAUAAAAAGGAGUUCUUGGGACACUCUCUUCUCAAACGAAGCGCCCUCAAGCUCGCUCCUCGGCGCACGCACUCGAUCGCAGCGAGUCGACGGCCGGCAUUCGAUUGCGCCCGCCCUCUAGCUAAUGAAUCUUCCAUCGCAGGGUUCCGCUUUCGCUUCCUAAAUGCUUGUUCUGCGUUUGUGAUUUCGGAGCCUGGCGCUGGUUCGCGGCGGCGGGGUGCUGAGCUACCGUGGGUUCAAGAUGAGAGCUUUUGGAAGGAGAUACUCGCUCUAGGUUCUCCUUGUUUCGGCUGUCAGCUGGUUCGAGAGGUCCGAGGCGGAGAUCGGGGCGGGCGUUGGUGUUUGGUGAAGAAAAGGAGGUGUUUUUGGCGCUGAGCUAGCUGUUGGUGUUAGUUCGGGUCGAGAAGGGAGUUCCUGAGAGUGUGGAACUUCGAUGCUAGAGUUGCAAUCUUGUGAUUCCAGACAAAUAAGAAGAUGAAACUCUCGUCACCAGGUGUUGGAAAUCCGCAGCAAGAAGCCCAAGAUACAGAAGAACAAAUAUGCUUGAAUUCGGAGUUAUGGCAUGCUUGUGCUGGACCACUAGUCUCAUUACCUAUUGUUGGAAGUCGUGUAGUCUAUUUCCCUCAAGGCCAUAGUGAACAGGUAGCUGCAUCGACCAAUAAGGAAAUCAAUUCCCUUCCUAGCUACCCGAGCUUACCCCCUCAGUUGGUUUGCCAGCUUCAUAAUGUUACUAUGCACGCAGACAAAGAGACAGAUGAAGUUUAUGCCCAGAUGACUUUGCAACCAUUAAGUCCACAAGAACAAAAAGAUCCCUAUCUACCUACUGAAUUGGGUACACCGAGCAAACAGCCAACUAAUUACUUCUGCAAGACACUAACUGCAAGUGACACCAGUACGCAUGGUGGAUUCUCUGUUCCUCGUCGAGCAGCAGAAAAAGUGUUUCCUCCAUUGGAUUUUACACAGCAGCCUCCUUGUCAAGAGUUGAUUGCGAGGGACCUCCAUGGUAAUGAGUGGAAGUUCCGCCACAUAUUUCGAGGUCAGCCAAAGAGGCAUCUUCUCACAACAGGAUGGAGUGUUUUUGUGAGCGCAAAGAGGCUUGUUGCAGGGGAUUCUGUUCUUUUCAUAUGGAAUGAUAACAAUCAGUUACUUCUGGGAAUUAGGCGUGCUACUAGGCCACAAACAGUUAUGCCUUCAUCUGUUUUGUCUAGUGAUAGCAUGCACAUAGGACUUCUUGCUGCAGCUGCUCAUGCUGCUGCCACAAACAGUCGAUUUACUAUAUUCUAUAAUCCAAGGGCAAGCCCUUCUGAAUUUGUUAUCCCACUCGCUAAGUAUGUGAAAGCUGUCUAUCACACCCGCAUUUCUGUGGGUAUGCGUUUCAGGAUGCUUUUUGAGACAGAAGAGUCAAGUGUUCGAAGAUAUAUGGGUACGAUUACUGGAAUUAGUGAUCUUGAUCCUGUCCAUUGGCCAAAUUCACAUUGGCGCUCUGUUAAGGUUGGCUGGGAUGAGUCAACUGCUGGACAGAGGCAGCCGAGGGUGUCGCUCUGGGAAAUUGAGCCUCUCACAACUUUUCCGAUGUAUCCACCCCCGUUUCCCUUUAGGCUUAAGCGUCCAUGGCCUAUUGGAUUGCCCUCCCUUCUCGGUGGAAAGGAGGAUGAUAUCGGUCUGAAUUCAUCUUUAAUGUGGCUCCGAAAUGCAGGAAAUCCUGCAUUUCAAUCACUGAAUUUUCAGGGCAUGGGUGUUACGCCGUGGAUGCAAAUUCCACCACGGUUUGAUACCCAAAUGCUCGGUCUGCAAACCGACAUGUACCAGACAGCGGCUGUGGCAGCAAUUCAGGAAACAAGGAAUGUGGACACUACGAAGCACGUACCUCAGAUGCUGCAAUUCCAGCAAACUCCAAACACUACUAGCAGAUCAUCCCCGUUACUACCCACUCAAGUUCUGCAGAAUGGACAACCGCAACUUCCUCAAACCUUCCAUCAAAAUAUACCAAUAAACCAGGUGCAAGGCCAGCCUCAAUCUGAAUAUCUUCAGUGUCAGCUUCCACAAGUAUACUCACUUAGCGAGCAGCAGCAGCAGCAGCAACAAAUUUUGCAGCAACAAAUACCAGAGCAGCAGCAAAUUCUGCAUCAUCAGCAUAUGCAACAGAAGAAAUUGUUAUUGAAUAAUGAACAAAUUUCUGAUGGAGUACCUUCCUUGCCUCAACUUAUGGCUGAAUCACCGUCUCCAUCUACUGCAAUGCAAAGUGUUUCUCCAUUUUCCCGGCCGCAGAAUUUUCCCGAGAGUAGUAACUGUGACCCAACUUCUACCGCCUCUCCAUUGCACAAUCUUUUGCAACAGUUUUCUCCAGAGGCAGCAUCAAAUCUGCUUGCGUGGGUGAGAAGCAACCCGGCAAUAAGUUCUAGACCUGAUCAAUUGUCAUCAAAGAGAUUAGCAGUUGAAUCAAUGCUCCCCCCUGCUGGAGAUCAGUCUGUCAUGCCUCAGCUAGGACAAUUAGGCGUGACACAAACUAGCAUUUCUCAGCAUUAUGUGGCAUUGCCGCCGUUUCCUGGAAGAGAGCGCAUGGUGGAUCAAGAUGGUAACAUUGAUUCCCAGAGCCAUCACUUGUUUAGUGUUAACUUCGACUCCUCUUCACUUCUGGUGCAGAAUGGUAUGACAAACCCAAGUAAUGCUAGCACUGAGACUGACUCAUUGAACAUGCAUUAUGCUGGUAGUAAUUUUGUGGGUUCCUUAGGAAAUGAUUUUUCAUCGAAUCAAGCAUUGACUGGUGUGUAUGAUUUUGAGGAACCUGGAUAUUUACCUACUCGUGAAAAUGCAGAAUCUCUCAAUGAAAAAGGUCGAACCUUUGUAAAGAUUUAUAAAUCAGGAUCCUACGGAAGGUCACUCGACAUAACCAGAUUCAGCAGCUACAAUGAGCUCCGUAGUGAGCUAGGGCGUUUAUUUGGCCUCGAAGGCCAGUUGGAAGACCCUUUGAGAUCAGGCUGGCAGCUUGUAUUCGUCGACAGGGAGGAUGACACUCUUCUUGUCGGUGAUGAUCCUUGGCAGGAGUUUGUGAACAACGUAUGGUGCAUACAGAUACUUUCGCCUCAGGAAAUGCAGCAGAUGGGAAAACAAAGCACCGAUUCAUCCAACUCCGCCCUGACCAAAAGGCUCCCAACCAGUAGCUGCGACGAUUACAUUAGCCGCCAGGACUCAAGGAACCUGAGCACUACCAGGAUAACAUCUGUCGGGUCACUCGAAUACUGAAAAACAAAAUCAUAUCUUUUGUGCAUUAUAUUUGCGCCUUAGGCCCUCAACUAAAGUAGCGAGUAAUAAUUUUUCUCAAUUUUACGCAUGUCUAAUAAUUGUAUCAUAUGAUAUCAUCCCAUAAUAUUGGCAUAUAAUUUCCCACUA